UGCUCUAGGUCUAGUCUGCAGCUGCGGAAGAAACAGGAGUCGACGCAGCCCAGUUGCUACGUAUUUGCACCGCGCAGUUCGCAGUCGACUACUUGACGUAGUAAGGUUGAGUUUCAUUUCGGCCCAUGCAGGUGGACCCUCCCGAGAUCGCUCCACCAUUCCUUCGUAGAUUGUCUGUCAGUCGGCCGCCGCAGUGGCAGUAGUACGUGAUAUAUCGUUGUCGAGUGCAUUGUAUUGCUCACGAACUGUCUGGUAGCUCAACAGACUCCAGCAGAGAGCUUCGAGGACGACGAGUUCCGCUGCAACGUCGGGGGAGGAACUGUCUACUCUUCAGAUUUGCAUGCAUUCAGAAGGGACGACUCCGAAGGAUUGUCGUGAAUAUGAUCAGAUAUCAAAGGAGCUGUAACGACUAUCAGCGAGUACCGUCCAUGUUUGCCGUGUUACCCACGAAGACCUUAAACUGAUUUACUCUUGAGCGCCAUCGGGCAGGUUUGGCCUGUGUAAGGUUGUACACAAGACGACUACUUGACCUCGUUGCUCUGAGUCUCGUCGUUCAUUCCAGGAAGUGACGAUGGUGUUGACUAGCCAAGUGGAGAUCGGUAAGGUGGGCUCUUCGAACGAUGGCAUCGGUAGCAAAGGCACGAAGAUGCCUCCUGGAGGGCUGAGCCCUCUCAGCAAUAGUGUUUGGAACUGCAACAAGAAAAAGAAGGAAGCUGUAACGGAGAUGCCUGCAAGAUUGACGUGGAAAGAUUUGUGGGUGGAGGUCGCCGUGGGUAGCAAAUCGGACAACCAAGUUUUGCUCCACAGCUUGACGGGGUAUGCAGAACCGGGUGCUAUGCUGGCCAUUAUGGGACCUUCAGGUUCUGGAAAAUCAACACUGCUGGACUCUUUGGCAGGGAGACUCGCAAAGAACGCGAGACUUACUGGAGAUAUCAAGCUCAACGGUCGCCGCAAGACGACUCUUUCGUACGGGAUAGCUGCUUAUGUUACUCAAGUGGAUGAGCUCAUCGGAACGCUCACAGUUCGAGAAACUGUUGAGUACUCAGCAAGAUUGCGGCUACCCGGAAGCAUGCCGGUUGCGGAAAGGAAAGCUAUUGUGAAGAGCACGAUCGUGGAGAUGGGAUUGCAAGACUGUCAGAACACCUACAUCGGCAACUGGCACCUUAGAGGACUUAGCGGUGGUGAGAAAAGACGUCUGAGCAUUGGGCUCGAAAUCUUGACCCGCCCUCGUUUGCUCUUCCUCGAUGAACCUACGAGUGGGCUGGACAGUGCAGCCGCCUUCUUCGUGGUCACCACUCUGAAGCAGCUGGCCCGUGAUGGAAGAACAGUCAUUGCCUCCAUCCACCAGCCCAGCAGCGAAACUUUCGAGAUCUUCGACAACCUGUGCCUGUUGUCUAAUGGACAUCAAAUUUACUUCGGGGAGGCUGCUUCUGCUCGUCAGCUCUUUGAACAAGCUGGAUUCCCCGUUCCUGCCCUCCGAAGUCCUUCCGAUCACUUCCUCCGCUGCGUAAACUCAGACUUCGACACCAUGAAGAUGACAAUGUCAGGCUCGAAAUCCGGCCAGCUCAUGAAAUCCAGGGACUUGGAGAGCGCGUACAACGUGGACAAGCUUUCAACUCCGGAAGUUGUGGGGAUGCUGAUCGAGACGUUCGCCGUAUCAGAAUUUGCGGAAAUUGUCUCGCAAAAAGUUCACGAAAUCAACCAGAAGGAAGGGCCGCUGCUCGAAGGAACAGGAAGUCAAGCGAGCUUCUUCACCCAGGCCUACGUCUUAACGAAGAGGUCCUUUGUAAAUAUGUACCGGGACGUUGGUUAUUAUUGGCUGCGUCUGGCAGUCUACAUUUUGCUGACCGUCUGCAUCGGGACCAUGUACUUCAACAUCGGCAACGAGUUUGGUGCAAUUCUGGGAAGAGCAGGAUGCAUGUCGUACGUGGGAGGCUUCCUGACAUUCAUGUCCAUCGGUGGAUUUCCUUCUUUCGUCGAGGAUAUGAAGGUCUUCUACCGGGAGAGGUUGAACGGGCAUUAUGGAGUGACGGCCUUCGUUGUGGGCAACUCGCUCUCAUCGAUGCCGUACCUGUUCCUCAUCUCGUUAGUGUCCGGCUCAAUCGUGUACUUCAUGGUUCAACUCCACCCGGGAUUCGAGCACUUCGCCUACUUCGUCCUCAUUCUCUUCUCCAGCGUUUUAUGCGUGGAGAGUCUGAUGAUGGCCGUGGCCAGCGUGGUCCCUAACUUUCUCAUGGGCAUCAUCACCGGAGCUGGAAUCCAAGGAAUCUUCAUGCUCGUUGCCGGCUACUUCAGACUGCCGAACGACUUGCCUAAACCUGUUUGGCGGUACCCCAUGUUCUAUAUCAGCUUCGACAUGUACUCUCUCGAGGGAUUGUUCCAAAACGACUUCUUGGGCCUGACGUUCGAGAAUUUUGUCUACAACGGUCGGCCCAUCGGGCCUCCUCUCACGGGAGAUUUCAUUGUCUACGAGCAGUAUCAGAUCGAGCGCAGUCGCACCAAGUGGCAGAAUCUGGCCGUUAUCUUCGGCAUGGUGAUCGGGUACAGAAUGAUCUUCUUCCUCAUGAUCAAGGUGGCGGAAGAUGUCAGACCCGUAGUACGAUACCUCUUUGCCAAAUACUACGCCAGGUGUAUGGGCCCAAAAAGUGGCAAUCGCACGCGAGUGUCCAAGACGAGGCCCGUCAAUCACUCCCCGGCUAGAGGAUGAAAUUGUUCCGAUUCGCCGAACGCUCGUGUUCACGUUGUUCUUAUAAAAUGCUUAAUUAGAUGAAUCUACUUGUAAAGCUUGAGUAGUAGGUUCCGGCGGAUACAAGGGGUUCUUCAACUUCAUAACACCCGCUUCUGGAUCUUCAGAGUCAAAGAUACAAACCUGUCAUUUUUAUUUUCAAGCGCUUGUCAAAAUUCGGACGCGCAGUUAGAGUAGGACGGAUUGCGCGCGGCCAUCUGAGUUGCUACGCCCCCUAGACACCAUCUGUACUUUAUACCUGUCAUGUCAACAAGGGAGAAUUCCUUCCACAGCAAA